UCCUCGCAGGGGAGCCGAGCUGUCGCGACAGAGCUGGCUUCAUUCGCCCGCCCGUCGCGUAGUGCGCUUGGCCUUUUGUCACACCGGCUCCUCGCCAGGCGUGACAGGCGUAUUUGGACACCACAACCGCCUUCGGCUCUUGCUUGCUGGUGGCGUUGCAAAAGCCAACCCCGCACAUGCCGGCCUGGGUGCGCUAACGCGGAUGGCGCCGUUGAAAACUCCCUCCCGCUUGUCACGGCUGCGGGGCAGCCUUGCAAUAUCCCCUCACGCUUGCCUCCGACUUCUGACACCGUGAGGCGACGACUUUCUUCUUCAUCUUCACCUCCUGCUGCUGCUGCUGCUGCUGCUGACAGCCCGAAGCUGAGCGUGGUGAGAUCGACUGCCCCCCCCCCCAAGGGGCUUGAAACAUGACUUUGCGUGUCGGCUCUUCACCAUCCCGUGCCCUUGGUGCCCCAUCUGGUCGUUCGGUGCCCGUCAUGGGCGCUGGGAGCUGAUUCCCCGCAGAGACUUCUGUGAGGCGAGAGAAGGUGGUGGAAGAGAAUGAACCACGUGGGGAGCCCUGUGAAAGCUUAUGACUUCUUGCUGAAAUUCCUGUUGGUGGGGGACAGCGACGUGGGUAAGGGGGAGAUACUAGCUAGCCUGGCGGAUGGAGCCACGGAGUCGCCGUAUGGAUACAAUAUGGGUAUUGAUUACAAAACAACGACUAUACUUCUGGAUGGCCGUCGAAUAAAGCUGCAGCUCUGGGAUACAUCUGGGCAAGGCAGGUUCUGCACUAUAUUUCGUUCGUAUUCCAGAGGAGCCCAGGGUGUGAUACUGGUAUAUGAUAUAGCAAAUCGCUGGUCAUUUGAUGGCAUUGAUCGAUGGAUAAAGGAGAUUGAUGAGCACGCUCCUGGUGUACCAAAAAUCCUGGUUGGCAACCGCCUGCAUCUAGCCUUCAAGCGGCAGGUAUCUACUGAGCAAGCACAGGCCUAUGCUGAAAGAAUAGGCAUGACAUUCUUUGAAGUAAGCCCACUCUGUAAUUUCAACAUCACAGAAUCCUUUAUGGAACUUGCCAGGAUAGUGUUAAUGAGGCAUGGAAUGGACCGACUAUGGAGGCCAAACAAAGUCCUGAGUUUGCAAGACCUUUGUUGCCGUGCCAUAGUUUCAUGCACCCCUGUGCACCUUGUGGACAAACUCCCACUCCCUGUUGCCUUAAGAAGCCACCUCAAAUCAUUCUCUAUGGCCAAUGGCCUUAAUGCUAGGAUGAUGCAUGGUCGUUCCUACUCCCUUACUGCCAGCAACAACAACAAAAGGAACAGUCUGAAGAAAGCCAAAAUCAUCCGUCCACUCCAGAGCCCUCCAAAACACUGCACCAGAAAUAGCUGUAAAAUAUCUUAAGGAUUGGGAAGUUUUGGCCAGAGCCUUUAAUACAAGGACUAAUUGAGUCGCCAGGCCUGUUUAUGUGUAUCGCAUUACAGAAACAGAACAAAGAAAAAUGUUAUUUUAGUCAUUUGUUUUUAAUAAUGCUGCUUCAAGAUGUAUGAUGCACUCUGUGCAAACAAAGGGAUGUGAAACUUUGCUGUUGGAUUUUUUAUAUGUAUCAAAUUUUUGAUGUGCAUGAAGACUUUGUGUUUUAUAAAUGGAAAUAAUUUAUCACAAUACUGAGCUUUCAGUAACAUUAAAUCUCAGAAACGACUAAUUUUUAAUUACUAAAUGACAUAUUCAGUCACACUAUUUUAUUUGCAGUUAGAUAGGAAUGCGUAUCGGUCCGUAGAUUCAGGCAGAGGUUUUAACUGCAAUGUAUUAUAUACAUUGUAAAGAAUACAAGUGGUGAAAUAAUUCUAGUAAUGUUGCAGUAGAGCAUCUGAUUUUGUACAGUUUCCUUGAUGAUUUUGAAGCACUACUUUGAGCUACAGGUGUGUAUAUGCAAUAUGCACAAGAUUUUGUCCGUCCAUGUAUAAAACAUUUGAUAAAGUUUUUGCUAUGUUGUUAGGGAUUAAUCUGUGGGUUAUAUGCUUAUUUUUCUGGUAAAUCUACAUUUUUGUAUUGGAUAUUGAGUGAUGAGUUAUAUAGCGAGUAAAAGCCAAAGAUGUUGAGAUGUAUUUGCCACAGCAGUAGGAAGAAUGUGAUUUGAAAAACUGCUUCAUCAGGAAAGGACACUAUUAUUUAAAUAAAAUAAAUAAAUCCAUGCAAAGGUGUGUGUGU